UUUAAUAAUUGAAUGUUUAGACAUCAUUCAGCCAAAUCGCUAUUGUGGCUGGGUGCUGCUCUCAAAAACCAAAAUGGUAUUGUGGUCGUAUCCGCCGACGCCGAAGCAAUUAGCGACGACUGCCGUACUCUUCAUCACUGGUGCUUCACUCUUUGGCGCCGGAGCUUACCUCUCAUUCCUCAACAUAGCUCCACAACAAGCUCGUGCCAAAGCUCGUAGAGACUUCAUCAAAGAUCGCCUUAGAAAGCGUCUAGAUGACUAGCAACACCAAUCCCUAAUUUCUGGUUCUUCUCUUUUGAAUUGUGUCAAUUCGCGACUGAAAAAUGAAUUUGUUUAUGUUGGAAAGUUUAUGUAAAAGAAUAUAAGCUAAUUGUUUGUUAUUUUAAAUUUCUGAUUAGCGAAGAUUUUUACCCAAAUUUUAGCAGAAAAUUAGGUUUGAUUACUUUUGGUUUGUGUAAUUAUAACGAUAUCUUGAAUUUUCUAUAUUGGUGAAAUUUAUAUUGAAAGUUUUGGGCUUGUAA